ACUCGGCCGUUUUAAAGGGCGACCCUUUCCUGUCCCGGCCUGCGUGGCGUGGGCUUGUGGGUCUUUGAGCCCCGAAAAUUGAGAGCGUUUUCGUACCCCAGGGGCUGCUCCUGGCGGCCCUGCGGCCGUCACCAUGCCACAGAACGAAUAUAUUGAAUUACACCGUAAACGCUAUGGAUACCGUUUGGAUUACCAUGAGAAAAAGAGAAAGAAGGAAAGUCGAGAGGCUCACGAACGUUCAAAGAAGGCAAAGAAAAUGAUUGGUCUGAAGGCUAAGCUUUACCAUAAACAGCGCCAUGCUGAAAAAAUACAAAUGAAAAAGACUAUCAAGAUGCAUGAAAAGAGAAACACCAAACAAAAGAAUGAUGAAAAGACUCCACAGGGAGCAGUACCUGCCUAUCUGCUGGACAGAGAGGGACAAUCUCGAGCUAAAGUACUUUCCAAUAUGAUUAAACAGAAACGAAAAGAGAAGGCGGGAAAAUGGGAAGUCCCUCUGCCUAAAGUACGUGCCCAGGGAGAAACAGAAGUAUUAAAAGUUGUUCGAACAGGAAAGAGAAAGAAGAAAGCAUGGAAGAGGAUGGUUACUAAAGUGUGCUUUGUUGGAGAUGGCUUUACAAGAAAACCACCUAAAUAUGAAAGAUUUAUCAGGCCAAUGGGCUUGCGUUUCAAGAAAGCCCAUGUAACACAUCCUGAACUGAAAGCCACCUUUUGCCUACCGAUACUUGGCGUAAAGAAGAAUCCCUCAUCCCCACUGUAUACAACUUUGGGUGUUAUUACCAAAGGUACUGUCAUUGAGGUAAAUGUGAGCGAAUUGGGCCUUGUGACGCAAGGAGGCAAAGUUAUUUGGGGAAAAUAUGCCCAGGUUACCAACAAUCCUGAAAAUGAUGGAUGUAUAAAUGCAGUCUUACUGGUUUGACAGCAAUUUCAUAUAUAAUUAUCGAGGACUACACACCAAUUGAGAAAACUGCCAUUACUGUGAUAUUUCUGAAUACUACCAAACAGCCAUACCUGUCUGCAAUGAAGAGAUUUAUUAAAUUGUAAACAUUAAAAUGGUCCUGUUUUAUAAA